AUGGAUGGCUGCCCUGUGAAGGGAGGAUUUGUUGAACGCACCGUUCCAUAUAUUGAAGAUUCUCAAGAAGUAAAAUAUCCCGCUGCGGGAACCCCUCUUUUUCCAAAGCCGAUGUUUAUUCGCAGUAACAGCGUAGAUACUCUCGCCUUGGAGGUCGGAAAAGGUUGGUUGGCCGUCCUCGACCACGGCAAGAUCUGGAGCAUACGACGACAUCUCUUUGUAGUUGUAAGUCGGUCGUUCUUGUCAGAGGAUUUCGUGGUGAGGUUGCAAACGAACGCGUCCUUCCAAAACUCGCCAAACUCUAGCUCCUUCUUCGUUCACACCCUCGCUCCUACUACUACUACCACCACCACCACCACCACUACUACAUCAUCAUCAUCAUCAUCAUCAUCAUCAUCAUCAUCAUCAUCAUCAUCACUACUGUCGCUAAGAUCACUGUGGGCAAAGGGCAGGAUGGUACAACAAACACCUUCCGCUAUCGCUAGGCUAAAGGACAGUCUAAGAACCACACUACCUGAUUUCCAAUCGCUUUCAACUUCAUCCGACGUGCCGCCGUUUCCUACAACGAUCGAUCGUGAUAGGUAUUUCGACACAUUCAAAAGCUUUCCCGAAAACAACGAUGUAAAAUCAUGCAUGGAGUGCGCAUCGCGCGAGCUACUCUACGAUAUUGUGACAGACUUUGAUUUGGAGUUUUCGCUAGAGCCCUUCAUACAACUGUACCAAUUUUUCGAUUUGAUCCUUACCCUCUCAGAACUAGAAAUUAGUGACCCUCAGUUGCCCUUCGCCCUGAUCGAAGAAACGCUAGAUACGCAACCGAUAGACAACUGCAAACGAAUCUUCUCUUACUUGGAAGCUCGUAUUGAGCGCUUGACCGUGGGCGUGGAUGGGACAAAAGGGAAGGGAAUUAUCUUGCUUAGGCUAUGCAACGAGCUACUUCGGCGGCUAUCGAAAUCGGAAGACACGGUAUUCUGUGGGCGAAUUUUCGUUUUCUUAACUAAAAGCUUUCCGCUCUCCGAACGUUCCGGUGUAAAUCUUCGAGGAGAAUUUCAUGUGGAAAACAAAACCACAUUCGACGAACGGUGGAGCCAGCUUGCCGGGAACCAACCGGACCACUUUUCGCCUAGUUUAAGGGACAAUGAUUCCUCGGAAGCAGCUCUAGCUGCCGAUGCGUGUAACAGACUAUACGCUGUUCUAUGGUCCACCCAACACGAAUUUGCUGAGCCGAUCCGACUUUUCCAAAAAGAUAUCCUUGAUAAUUUCAAAGAAUCGUUAGAUACUGUUAUAAAAGCGUUCAGGUCAUCCAUCGACGAGUAUGGACAUAAUGCCCCUGUCGUAGCCUCAGAUACUAGACGCAGUCACAAGCGGAAGUGGGACGGGGAGGUGAAACAUGACGAACUAGAUAGCUACAACCCGAAGUACUUAACGAGCCGGGAGCUAUUUGAUCUUGAAGUCCGCGACCUAGUGUUCCGGAGACACAUACUAGUUCAGUUUCUCAUCGUAAUUGAGUUUCUUCUGAGCUUGUCUCCCAAGUACAAGAAGUAUCUUGAAGCAGAGGCAAAAAAUAGGUCUGUUCAAUUUGCUUAUACAUUGUCUGAGGAAGAUGAUAAAUGGGCGGAAGCCGCAAAGAAAGAUGUUGUCAAUGCCCUCAAUUAUAAAUCUGGGAUGGAUGGGUUGUUGUUUUCCCGUACCGUUGAUUCCGUGCUGACGCGGGAAAAAAAUUGGGUUAAGUGGAAGGCCGAGAAUUGCGUGUCAUUUGAAAUGGAGCCAGCAUCAACCGAACAUGUAGCUGUAUCCAAAUCAGCUGGACAUGAAGCCGCCACGUUAAUCAAUAAUUUAGGGAAGGUGGUUGGUGCACCAGCUUUAACAAGGGUCUGGUUCGAUAAUUCGCUUGAGGUCACAUCAAUCCGCUCAAAUGCCCAGAAAAUCAACCUUCCUGCUUACCGAUCUUAUACCGAGUCCAUUGAAGUAUAUCACCUCGACAAGGACUUCGCAUCCACAGAACAAGAGAAAGAAGACAUAGAUGAAUCAAUCUCAAAUGUUACUUGGAGGUCCCUGCGGAUCGCUUCACGGGAUCGAUUUCAAUUAUUCAAAAGUCUUGACGACGACUUGUCUGUUAAAUCACUAAUAGCAGUUGAGGACGGGGCUACUGCAGGGGGCAGAGAAGCAGAGAAGGACAACAAAAAAGAUAUACAUGCUACCAUGGACUCCGACGGUGUGAAAUCCGCAUCGUAA